AGGCCGGAAAAUAUGGUAAAGAGAUAGUAGAAGGCGACGACAAAAUAAACCCUAGUUCGCGCGAAAUUUGCUCGCCUGUUGGAGGAAUCCGUCGGGCGACUGCAGAUCGGCAGGGACCGUGCUGAAGUCCGAUCCAUCCGCCACGUUCUCCGCUCUGUUAGGGUUUGCAUUCGCUACAUUCUCUCGAUCGUCCUCCAUUUGUCUCGGAGCAACACGAUUUAGGGCACAGCGACGGUGGAAGUUGGAGUAACGGGCAAUUCCUCCAUACUCGUACAUCAAUUUCUAAGUGCAAGGUACCGAAAGCUGGGAGGAUGCGAGUUGCGGCAAUGCUGAGCUAGAGACACCGACAUUAAAUCUAGAAUCUCCAUGAAGAGCCACUUGAAGAAGCUCUGGCCAUCGAUUAAUGCUGCAAGGCAUUACAAAUGAGUACUAGCGUCUGAGAUUAGAAGCUGAUAAGCUAUCUUAGGAGUAUUUGUAAUGACAUGAGGUGUGUGUCUUAGUCCUCUAUCCAAUGAGCAAGUGAUUGUAUGAAGAAUGCAUGGUGCACAUUUUUUUAGGUAAAAUAAGGAUGAAUUACCAGAAUGAAUGAUUAAUGCCAUACUGAAGUGAAAGUAAAAUACGAAGAUGGAUGACCUUAUAGAAAAAGAAACAGAACUGAGGAAAGUGGAAGUAAUAAUAAUAGAAGAAAAUGAUCCAGAAGACAUAAUCAAUGAACAUGAGGAAAAGGCAAAAGAUGACAAUAUUCAUCAAGGAGAGAAAGGAAAGGGAGGUCUUGAUGCUGUGAAACAUGGAAAAGAUGAUAAUAGCAUUGAGUCAAAAGUUCAUAUUGAACCAGAGGCAGAUGUGAUUGCUGAGGACUACAGUGAUGAGGAUGAUGAAAAUGUCUCCUUUGAAAUGCUUCUUGAUGGCUCAGAUAAUGAGAUAACAUCAGCCUCUGACAAUGAUUGUGAACCAAAAUCUGAGGCACCUUUAACUGAUGCUGAAAUUGAAGAACUUAUUGCAGAGUUUCUUGAAGUUGAGAGUAAGGCUGCAGAAGCACAAGAAUCACUUGAACAUGAGUCACUAGCUAAUGUGGAAAGUGAAGUAAGAGCUGAGCUAGCUGAAAAUCUCCAUGGAGAUGAGUUAGAAUUGGCUGUAUCAAAGGAAAUGAAAGUACUUGUAGAAAUGUGGACAGAUACUCUUGACAAUUUAGAGACUCAAAGUGCUAUAUUGUUGGAACAACUUGAUGGAGCAGGAAUUGAGCUUCCAAGUCUUUACAAAUAUAUAGAGAGUCAAGUUCCAGAUUGCUGUAGAACUGAAGCUUGGAGGAAACGAGCUCACUGGGUCGGUACUCAGGCACCUGCUGAACUUAACCAAUCAAUUAGAGAUGCUGAACAUUAUCUACAAUCCCAUCAACCUGUAAGGAGGAAACAUGGCCGCGUCUAUGAGAUAGGCUCUGGUGGCUAUUUAGCCAAAAAUCUUUCUGUCAAGGACAGUGACAACUUCAGGGAAUAUUCUGAGCAAGAUUGGCAUACAUUUGAUGAGAUUAUUCAUUCUAAUCAGUGGUCAGACAUUAACUCACUUAGCAAUAAUUGGGCAGCUGUUUACCUGGCUAGUACUCCUCAACAAGCUGCAAAUUUAGGACUUAAUUUGCCUGGAGUUAAUGAGGUAGAGGAGAUUGGUGAAAUUGAAGGUAAUCCAUUGUACGCUGAAGCAAUCCAAAAUGAAAAGGAGAUCGGAUUUUCGGAAGAACAAAAGAGAAACUACAGAAAGGUUAGAGAAGAAGAUGACAUGAAAGUAUCAAAGAAACUUCAACUUCGUCUGAAACAAAAAAGAAAAAGAAAAGAACACAUUCAGAAUGACAUAUUGGAUGGCACUGCAAACACAGGUGAGUUUCAGUCAGAUUUCAUUGAUCAAAUUUCCCCCUGUCCAUUUGCUGGCCAUACCACAAAUACUGCUCAAGAUUUGAAGCUUGAAAAUUCUAUGGAUGAAAAGCUGAUUCUGCAUGGUAUAAUCAAGAAGAGGUUACUCGAAAGUGUGGAUGCAGAUGGACAUGACAGUAAAAGGUGUAGGGCAGUUGUCAUAGAGAGUGACGACGAAGUAAUAAAUGUCGUCAAAGACAAGGUUGCGGUGCAAGAUUUGCCGAUGCAUCUGAGUCCAUCUGAAAGAGUUAGAGAAGUUGAUGUGAUAGAUGUUGAUGUUCUUUGUUCACCAACUUCAGCUAAUUAUUGUAGUGGUUCAAAUGUUCCCCUGACAUUCCAUUGUACAGCUUGUUCUGAAGUACUUAAAGCCUCUGAAGUGCAAGGACAUCCAUUGAUUGAAGUAAUUAUUUGUGGGAAUUGUAAGCUUCUGGUAGAAGAUAAAAUGAAAACAAAGGACCCUGAUGAUUUCUGUAGAUGGUGUGGUAAGCCUGAUGAUCUCAUAGGGUGUAAUUCUUGUAAGAUGCUGUUUUGUGCUAUGUGUAUAUCAAGGAAUUUUGGUGAAACACGAUUAUUGGAAGUUAAAGCAAAUGGUUGGGAUUGCUGUUGCUGUUUACCGAUGCUGUUGGAACCGUUUAUCUUGGAAUUUAAGAAAGCUGUAAAAGGAUUCUCAGUUUCUAGCUCUGAAAGUGAGUUUGAGCUUCCAGAUGGUGAAAUGGAUGUCAGACUAGGUCACAAGAAAAGAAGAAAAAGGAGGAUUAGGAGAAUUAUGGAUGAUGCAGAACUUGGAGAAGAAACGAAGAGAAAAAUUGCAAUGGAGAAGGCUAGGCAAGAUCAUUUGAAAUCAAUGCAGGCAUCAUCUUUCAGUAAAUUAAGUACUAUUAGAAGUAGUAAUGAAAGUGCAACAGAAGGCAUUAUGACUGAUGCAACUGAGGGUUUCAUUAUUAAUGUUGCUAGAGAAACUGAUGAGGAGCCUGUGAGAAUUCCACAAAGCAUUUGUGCAAAGUUGAAGCCCCAUCAGAUUUCAGGAAUACGAUUUAUGUGGGAAAACAUUAUACAAUCUGUCAGAAAGGUCAAAUCUGGGGAUAAAGGACUAGGAUGUAUUUUAGCCCACACAAUGGGCCUGGGGAAAACUUUCCAGGUCAUUGCAUUCCUGUACACUGCUUUGAGAAAAGCUGAUUUAGGUUUAAGAACAGCACUUGUAGUUACGCCUGUUAAUGUGCUUCAUAACUGGCGCCGAGAAUUUGCAAAGUGGCAACCAACAGAGUUAAAGCCCCUUCGUGUGUUCAUGUUGGAAGAUGUUGCCAGGGAGAGAAGAUUAGAUUUGCUUUUAAAAUGGAGAAUGAAAGGCGGAGUAUUUCUGGUUGGCUAUGCUGCUUUUCGGAACUUGUCUCUUGGAAGGCAUGCGAAGGAUAGGAAUACAGCCAGUGAAAUUUCACAUGCCUUGCGUCUUGUGCCUGACAUUCUAGUUUGUGAUGAGGCUCAUAUGAUCAAAAAUACUAAGGCUGACAUAACACAAGCGUUAAAAAGUGUAAAGACACAAAGAAGAAUUGCCUUAACAGGGUCACCCUUGCAAAACAAUCUGAUGGAGUAUUAUUGUAUGGUUGAUUUUGUGAGGGAAGGGUUCCUUGGCAGUAGUCAGGAAUUCAGAAAUCGGUUCCAGAAUCCCAUAGAAAAUGGUCAGCACACAAAUUCUACUAUGAAUGAUGUCAGAACUAUGAAUCAAAGAUCACACAUUCUGUAUGAACAACUGAAAGGUUUUGUCCAGCGAGUGGAUAUGAAUGUAGUGAAAAAGGAUCUCCCUGCUAAAACAGUUUUUGUUAUAACUGUAAAACUUUCUCCUUUGCAAAGAAAGCUAUAUAAAAAGUUCUUAGAAGUUCAUGGUUUCACCAGAGAGAGUAUUUCUUCUGAAAAGAUGAUUAGGAAACGCUGUUUCUUUGCUGGUUAUCAGGCAUUAGCACAGAUAUGGAAUCAUCCUGGUCUGUUGCAAAUGGCUAAAGAACAUAAGAAUUUCUCAAGGAAAGAAGAUGCUGUUGAGAACUUCUUGGUGGAAGACAGUUCCAGUGAUGAUAAUAUGGAAAGUGUCUUCAUGAAUGGAGACAAGCAAAGGUCAAAGGACGACUUACCGUGCAAGGGAAAUGAUAACAUUUUUGUUCCGCAGGAAAUUGGUUGGUGGGAAGAUCUUAUAGAUGAUAAAAUUUACCAAGAAGUUGAUUACAGCGGAAAAAUGGUUUUGCUAUUAGAUAUCCUUACAAUGAGUUCUGAAAUAGGUGACAAGGUUCUAAUUUUCAGCCAAAGUUUGACUACUCUAGAUUUGAUAGAAAUGUAUCUGUCAAAAUUACCACGCAAGGGGUGCGAAGGGAAGUUUUGGAAGCAAGGCAAGGAUUGGUAUAGGCUUGAUGGUAGCACACAGCCUUCUGAAAGGCAGAAGCUGGUGGAGAUAUUCAAUGAACCGUCCAAUAGGCGAGUGAAAUGCACAUUGAUAUCCACACGUGCUGGAUCAUUAGGCAUCAAUCUUCAUUCUGCUAACCGUGUGAUCCUUGUUGAUGGUUCAUGGAAUCCAACAUACGACCUACAAGCAAUAUAUCGAGUUUGGAGAUAUGGGCAAAACAAGCCUGUCUAUGCCUACCGCUUGAUGGCACACGGAACCAUGGAAGAAAAGAUAUACAAGAGACAGGUCACUAAAGAAGGACUUGCAGCUAGGGUAGUAGAUAGACAACAAGUACAUAGAACAAUGUCAAAAGAGGAGAUGCUUCAUCUUUUUGACUUUGGCGAUGAUGAAAAUGUAGAUGUGACUGAGCCAGCAGAUAUUAGUCUAGUAAAUUCAGAUUAUGAAAGAACCAAUGGAAUUGGAUGUUCGAGGAACUCUCUUGUUAAUACUGACAACCUCAUGGACAGAUUACUUAGAAGACAUCAUCCACGAUGGAUCUCGAAUUACCAUGAGCAUGAGACACUUCUUCAAGAGAACGAGGCUGAGAGAUUAACUAAAGAGGAGCAAGAUAUGGCUUGGCAGAUUUAUCAGAGAUCACUGGAGUGGGAGGAAGUUAGUAGAGCCGAGAUCGAUGAUACUCGGAGAGUUCUCAACAAGAAUUCUCUUCGUGAAAAUACUGUGCCCCAGUCAGUUCCACAACUAGCCAAGAGCAGUUCAAGGAGUCGGCUCACAAACCAAAGGAAAUGCACCAAUCUGGCCCACUUGCUAACCUUAAGGUGCCAGGGCAUAAAGUCUGGAUCCAGCACAAUAUGUAAAGAAUGCUCACAGGAGAUUAGCUGGGAGAACCUGAAUAGAGAUGGGAGGUCUAGGUAACUACAUUACCAAUCCUAUGUGUCUAAUUUUCCUCUUCCUCUUUGAUGCAUAUGGAGAUGGGUUCCUAAAGGUCAGUUCGUAUCCUCUUCAUGCUGCUAUAUUUUGUCGGAUCCUCCCUUGACUACUUUAUUUUAAAUUCUCAUCUCACACAUUGAAUCCUAGCCAUUGUUUGGAUUCCUGCGAUUGCCCCAGCCAAAGCCCUGAAACAAAAACCUGCCUUCUGACAAGCCUGCUUCGUUGUCUACUGAAAGUGUUUAUGUUCCUGAUAUUUGGUUAUGUUCCUGAUAUUUGGUUUGAAUAUUUCUCAUUUUGAAUUGCUAAUUAAUUUGCAUCAACAUCAUGUAAAUCGAGAUGCAUUUACGUAGCUUACAGAGUGAUAACUUUGUAAAUAUAAGUACAAUGUAAACUUUGGUAUCACAUAUAGUUGUCCCUUCUUUUGUGGUUUCGUUCAA